UCGAGUUGAAGUCCCGCAUAAUGCGCGAUCGAUAUCUCGAUGAUACAUCGACUGAUCGAUCGACCUGCCGGAAUAUACAGUACAAAUUACGAAGAUAGAGCGAUAGGGAUUUUGUAAAAGUUUUUCAUGCGGAAAAUAUGUAUUGGAUUUUGUUAGUUUUGAUGUUGGUGCGUACGAUAUGGUGCGCUCAUGGUGCCUGCGAGCCAAUCAGAAUCGAAAUGUGCCGCGGUCUCGGCUACAAUGUCACCGCUAUGCCGAAUCUGGUUGGCCACGAAAUCCAGGGCGACGCUGAUUUUACCCUGCAGACGUUCAGUCCACUCAUUCAGUACGGAUGCAGUGCACAAUUACAUCUAUUUCUGUGCUCGGUGUAUGCACCAAUGUGCACUGACAAAGUCACUUCACCCAUUGGACCCUGUAGAGGUCUAUGCGAGCAAGUAAGAGCUCGAUGCUAUCCAGUUCUUCAAGGAUUUGGUUUUCCUUGGCCAGCUGCAUUGAAUUGUUCCAAAUUUCCACCAGAAAACAAUCACCAUCACAUGUGCAUGGAGGGACCUGGUGAACCUGGGCCAGUUAAUCCUAUUCAAACGGUGGGCGGCAGCAACGGACCUUGGGGCUGUUCCUGGUACGCCAAGUCCGGGUUAUAUAUCUUCCUGAAUCGUUCCGGAAGAUGUGCCGCCGCUUGCGACGCUGAUAUUCUAUGGUCCAAAAAGGACAAGAAACUCACAGAGGCCUGGGUGACUGUAUUCACCACAGCAUGCCUCGCCUCCGUCGCAGUCGCUAUUCUGAUUCUUCUGAAGCCGCGCAAACAACCGGUAUUAACCACUACCGCAGAACGUGCAAUAAUCUUCUUGACAAUUUGCCAUGCGGCAGUCGCGAUCGGUUACGUGAUUCGAUUAGCGGCUGGUCGUGUGAACGUCGCCUGUACAUCCGCGAUUCCGCUGCAUCCACAGGAUCAAGUAGCCUUAGCCCAGCAGCAACAACAACAGUACCUAACGCAAGAUGGUCUAGCUAAUCCUUACUGCGCUGUCGUGUUUCUGCUACUCUAUUAUUUCGGAAAUGCUGCGAUUGUCUGGUGGGUCGUGAUAUGCGCGUGGUGGUGCAUAAUGGCCAGAAAAUGGACGAGGACGGCCAGCAACUGCAAGGAGGAUGGUUUCGGACCGCAACAGGGAUUCUCAACCAUCGCCGCGGUUGCGGCUUGGGGUCUGCCAGCCGCGCAUACUAUCGCCGUCCUGGUCACGAGGGACGUCGACGCUGACGAGUUGACCGCUAGUUGCUUCGUCGGUCAGCAGAACACGCAUUCUCUGCUCAUGUUAGUAUUGGCGCCUCAAUUCGUCUACUUAAUGUUCGGCACGAUGUUUCUGUUGGUCGGUCUGGCGUCGUUGAUGUUACCGCGACGUCCAGCAGUGACGCCCACCACAACAUCAACGUCGUCAUCGUCCUCUUCAUCGUCGGCAGCGGCGGCUCUAACCGCGUUAGCGGCGUCUCACGCGAACCCGUUGAUGCGUACGCACCAGCGCGAGAUGUCCGGCAAAUCGUCCCCGGCGGAGAUCCACCGGCGUCAGAAGCAGCUAUUGACGCGUGUCGGCAUAUUCGUCUGGCUCUACGCCGUCCUGAUGAUCUGCCUGGCCAGCACGAGUUUUUACGAAUGGUGGGGAAGGGAGACGUGGCUGCGAGCGCCAGAACCGUCGACGACGCCACGCGUACCCUCCCGGCCUUUGCUGCAGGUUUUCGUGCUGCGAUUAGUGGUGACUCUCAGUGCCGGCGUCAUGACUGCCGCGUGGAUCUGGUGGCCCGAGGCGGCGAGUAUGUGCCGCAGGAUAUCGCACUGUAAACAACCGCCGCGCAAGUGCCAUCCAGUGCCGGUUAUGCAUUGUUACAGCGCUGGAACUGCCGCCAGUCCCGUGCCGCAUCAGAUUCAUCAUCUGACUCAUCUGACGCCGCCGCAGCAGCAUCCUUUGCUGCAUCAGCACGCCAUCACAAAUCCGCAGAUACCACACAGAAAUUAUAAGAAGCAUCGAAAGCAUCGAAAACAUCAUUCGGGCAGCGAGACGCAAGUCUGAGCGAACGAUGCGCGCGUCAACGUAUACCUCAUGGUUUACGUAACUCCUCGCUAUUCGAGUGCCUUAAACGUUAUCAUUUUAUUAAGGUCCUUUUACAAUGGCCGUAACGAUAUAACUGUAAGUCCGUAAGAGGCGAUUGUAAAAACCUGUUUUUGAUGUAGCAAGACGUAAUGUAAAUUGUAAGUUGAAUUGUUUUCAUUUCUUACGCUUUGCGGUCGACCAAUCAAGACAGCAUAAGAUUGCGCAUACAAUAGAUACUUUAUCCUGAUUGGUCCAUCUUACAUUUUAUAGCAAACUAUUGUAGAUAGCAUUGUUUUAAGAAUAUUAAAUUAUAUGACUAUAAAUUAAAUGCUAUAUAUGCUAAACUUAUAUAGCUAUAUUGUUACUGUUAUUGUUGAAGGACCUUUACGCUCUACGAUAUGGCACGACAAACGAUACGAACGUAUUGUCGUAUAUAUCCUUUGGUUUGCGUCAAUAUGCGCGCGAGAGUUAAAGUCAUCCGAUAUAAUCUAAGUUAUUUAGCAUUCUUAUCACAUCGUUCAUUCGAUAAUCCUUUUUCUCAAAUGUUCUCAAUUUCUUCCCAUUCUACGGUAGCUGUUAUGAUACAUAAAUUUAAUAGAAGUUCCUCUCUUCAAUGGAAGACAGAA